UCACCUUGGUAAUCGAAAAUCGAAGGUAAUAUCCUUAAAGAAGUGUACGAUUUUAUAUUGUUGACAUCAACAAUGUUAUUAUUGACGUGCACAUUAAGUCGGAUCGUACACUAUAAAAGCUACUCGAUUCCACUUGCAGACAUCAGUCUACCAUAACCGUUUGCUCUGUCUACAACAAUUUGAAUUUUGACAACUUAACAAACCACAAACGAAAACAUGGCAUCUUACAAAUCGCUAUUAGUAUUGUGCAUCGUAGCCCUAGUGGUCAUACAACAAGCAUCUUGUCUUCCAGAACCACAACAUGGAGGCCACCAUGGAGGUGGACAUGGUCAAGGAUAUGGUCAUCAGGGUCAUGGUAAUCAAGGGUAUGGACAUCAGGGACAUGGACAACAGGGAUAUGGACAACAGGGAUAUGGACAACAGGGAUAUGGACAACAGGGAUACGGACAUCAAGGACACGGACAACAGGGAUACGGACAUCAGGGAGGAUACGGUGGACAUCAGGGGGGACAUGGAGGCCAUGGACAUGGUGGCUUCCAUCAUUAAGUGUGAUUACACCUUUGAUGACAAGUUUUUGUUAAACAUUUGAAAGAAAGUGUUCAUUUCUGCAAUAAUGUAUUAUACCAUUUGUAAAAAAUUUUGACUUGAUAAGAAAAAUAAAUAUAUAUUUGUUUCAUAUAAAAA